AUGUCAUCUCCUUCGUUGAAGACACAUUUACAACAGGAGCAAGAUGACGAGGAGUUUGGUAAUAAUGAUAAUAAUAAUACCAAACCAUCAAUGACUGGUAGUGGACAACAAGUUGUUCAACCAAGAUUGAUCAAUUUAGGCAAUGGUCUGAUGUUGCCAAAGUUUGAUCCGUCCAAGGUGGUGCUGAGGUCCUCAGCCACAGGACAACGCGAUCGCCCAGUCAGUGUGUCCAAUCCAGAGAUGUUGUACGCUCUCAACAACAAGUUUAAGAACAACAUGAGCAAUUCUACACCGAAUAGUCCGGACAAGCCCAACCAAUCUACAUCGACCGAAGACAAGACGACUGAGGAGCUCAUGAGUGACAAGCUCAAGAGAUUCACAUCGGCCAACAGACACUCGAUGAUGCCAACAAUGACCCCACCCUUGUCCAAGGAGAAGACUGUACCAGCACCAACGAACCUGUCCACGACCACAAUCAUACUCAAAGACUCACCGGAUCAUACUGCCAGGGAGUCGCCAGAGCAGCCAUUGUCGCUGGCAAAGAUCGACGAGCAUGAGAGUGAGAGCGAGAAUGUCGCCACGGACAAGUCAAAGUCAUCGCACUCUGACAAGGAGGACGAGUCCACACAUACCGAUGACAGUAGCAGUGGCGGUGUCUUCAAACAACAGCAUCCAUCAAAGAAGACCAGAGCAAGUGUGUAUAGGUCUGGCAUUCAUAGAUUGAGUUGCAACUUCAGCUCGGCAGACUUGUUGCAUGCACCAUCCACACAAGAGGAGGACAACAUCAACAACGAGACCACCUCAUCAUCAACCACUGUGGACCAUCAGAACAAGACACUACACAUGUCUUUGAACGAGGUGAAGACCAAGAAGAAGGACAAGAGCAGGAUCAAGAAGAUAUUAAGACUAUUCCUUCGUCGACGUCCAAGCCAGAAGGAUCUCGAGAAGACCAAUGUCCUGGCCGAGCCAUCAGACAACAAGAAGUCCAAGAAGGGCAGUUCGGCCCCAGUGAGUGCUCCAGCCACAGUGGCCCCUGUGGACACAGCCACAACAGUCGCGAGCGAAUGA